AUGGCACUCAACUGGGUCAUGCUCGACCAGGAGGGUCGCAAACCUCUGCCACUGCCGCAGGAAGAGGUGCUUUGCCACGUCCGCAAGGUUUCGCUACAGCUCGAGUACGCACCUCGGCACCUCACCUACAAAGCGGAAGGAGAUGCUCUGAUCUCUUCUCAUCGUUUUGUCUUCAUUCGACAACCCCAACUCCCCGCUGCGGAUGCUGCUGCGGCAGAGACGGCGCUCAAGUCGCUCUCGGUGCCACUCGAUCAUUUCCAGUCGAGCAAAUAUGUGAUUCCCAUCUUCACUGCACCUUACCUUCAGGCCGACGUCUACUCGGUCGCGCAAGGUGGAUUACCGGAACGCCAGCCCGGCGAAGAAUCGCACCCUGUGGGCAAGCUCAAGCUGUGGUUCAUGGAGUCCGGUGGCUUGGCUUUUCGUGACGCGGUUGACAAAGCCAAAGCCAAGUGGCAGCAGCGACGCCAGGACGAGCAGGACGAGAAUGCUUUGCCGGCAUACGAGCCACAAGCACCUUGA